AUAGAAGGCUGUGGAGUAUUUUUUGUAGCAUAACUUCUCAUUCUCUGAUAGAUCGUUAAACAGUAAACAUCAAAUUUUCCCUAGUCACUUUUUUUUGUAUACCAAGCAACACUAGCAAGUCAAACAAAAUGACAAAAGCAAAUACAACUGGAUUACUUUUGGUUGAUUUGAUUAAGCGCUUUGGUAGACCCAUUGGUUACAAGUCCAUCAUGGAUCUGAUUUCUGACGCUUCAGAACAGUCGCUGAGUAAAGAAGGUCGCAGAACUGUGAGGGAAACCCUCGAUGCUGCCAUUGAACUUGGAUUUCUACAGCAAAAUGGGCGCUGCCAGUUUAUAGUAUCUCCGCUAACACUUGAAACAACGCUGACCAUUAUGAAUACUGCAGAUUUGGAGGAUAAUUGUUCCAACUGUGAUUCAGAUUCGUUAGUGGAUCCGAAAGUGGAAGCGUUGGGUGGUGACAGCCUGAUGACCAUGGUUUCUACUUUUCGGCGUAACCGCAUUGGACGCGCAAGACCAAAAAAAAGCGGCAGUCAUUCGAGCGCAAAGGGCCACAGGUCUGGUGCUGGUUCUUUGAAGUAUAAGAAGUCGAAGCCACGACCCAAGAAUUGUCUUCACUGUCAACGUAAGAUGGCUCUAGAAAACUAACAUCCUAAAAAGUACAUUAGGUAUAAGUUUAUUUCAAAAUUAUAAAGGUACAACCUUUAGGUCCAUGGAUA